ACCCGUUACUCGGUAACGAAUACAUGCGAUUUGCUCCAGCUCUAGUGUUUAUGGAUUGACCAAGGAAUAUGUAUUGACGACCCUAUUCGGUUUUUAAAACUGUGAUUUUGUACGAGUUCAUUUUUUAAAUAAUUUUCGAACAUGUCUUUUAGAGUGUAUCCUAAAUAUGUCAAAGGCAAUCCACAGCUCAGAAUUUUUCUGCCAAACUUUUUCAUGAAACUUGUAAAACCGAAAUUAAGUGAGCCAUCAAACCAUGUGGAAUUUAUAGUUCCAUUAGAAAUGACUUCUGAUGAUGUAAAAAAUUAUCUUGAAAAAAUUUACAGUGUUCCUGUUGCAGAGGUGAAAACUGUUAUUUAUACUGGUGAUAUCAAGAAAAAUCAUUGCAAUUAUUUGGUUAAAGAUCCAGAUUAUAAGAAGGCAUAUGUUACUUUACCAGAAGAUAUGAAAUUUCAGUUUCCCGAAAUUUAUCCACAAGAAAAGAAAGCUGAACUCAGUAAGCAAGAGCAAAGAUUAGCAGAUCAAGCUAAAGAUCUAAUGAAACAAAGAAGGAGAAAUUGGGAUAGAGCCGAUGUUCCUAGCUGGUUUGGAAUAUAACACAUUGAAGUUAGCUGGUGUAAUAUGUAAUAUAUAAGCUAUUGAAGUGUAUUUUAUAGUAAAUACAAAUAAAGUAAAUAAUUGUCUUGA